AAAAAGGAAGUGGGGGCUUUCAGUGGAGGACUACGGAGAGCGUGUACGAUUGUGCCAAAGGAAAAAAAAUGUUCCUAAGAAAAGAGUAUACAAAGUUCUGUUCAUCAAAGCCUGCAACCCAAAGACGUCCCUCCAAAAGCUGUACAUGACAGAGAAAACGCGAACUGAAAGCAGAAGCAGGUCUCAAGGGGCCAGGCGCCUCCUCCUCCUCCUCCUGGGUACGCAGGCCAGAACUAGGGCUGACCCAGAGGUAACUCAGCCCUCUCUUCACGCCAGCCGCAGCCGAGGAUCCCACGGAGCCUCCCCUCGCGCCCGUCGCCGUGGCGACCGCCGGACCCACGCAGCACCGCCCCUUCCUCGCGACGUGGCCCCGCCCCCUCAGAACCCGGAAGCGAGAGUCUCGCGCCAGCUGAGCGGAGGUCGGGAGGGGGGAGCGCGGCGGCCCAAGCUCGCUCGGCCACGCGCCCCGCCCCUCAGAGGCCGGCCUCCCGCGCGCACCGCACGGCCUGCUGUGCCCGUGGGUCCCGAGCGCUCCGCCGCCCGCCCCGACCCGGGCCCAGCCGCGUCCACUACCUGCGCUCGUACUGGAGCGAAGAGCGGCCUCCUGAGGAGGGGAAGGGACGUGGGGGCGGCCACGGCAGGAUUAACCUCCAUUUCAGCUAAUCAUGGGAGAGAUUAAAGUCUCUCCUGAUUAUAACUGGUUUAGAGGUACAGUUCCCCUUAAAAAGAUUAUUGUAGAUGAUGAUGACAGUAAGAUAUGGUCGCUCUAUGAUGCAGGCCCCCGAAGUAUCAGGUGUCCUCUCAUAUUCCUGCCCCCUGUCAGUGGAACUGCAGAUGUCUUCUUCCGGCAGAUUUUGGCUCUGACUGGAUGGGGUUACCGGGUUAUCGCUUUGCAGUAUCCAGUUUAUUGGGACCAUCUCGAGUUCUGUGAUGGAUUCAGAAAACUUUUAGACCAUUUACAGUUGGAUAAAGUUCAUCUUUUUGGCGCUUCUUUGGGAGGCUUUUUGGCCCAGAAAUUUGCUGAAUACACUCACAAAUCUCCUAGAGUCCAUUCCCUAAUCCUCUGCAAUUCCUUCAGUGACACCUCUAUCUUCAACCAAACUUGGACUGCAAACAGCUUUUGGCUGAUGCCUGCAUUUAUGCUCAAAAAAAUAGUUCUUGGAAAUUUUUCAUCUGGCCCAGUGGACCCUAUGAUGGCUGAUGCCAUUGAUUUCAUGGUAGACAGGCUAGAAAGUUUGGGUCAGAGUGAACUGGCUUCAAGACUUACCUUGAAUUGUCAAAAUUCUUAUGUGGAACCUCAUAAAAUUCGGGACAUCCCUGUAACCAUUAUGGAUGUGUUUGAUCAGAGUGCGCUUUCAACUGAAGCUAAAGAAGAAAUGUACAAGCUGUAUCCUAAUGCCCGAAGAGCUCAUCUGAAAACAGGAGGCAAUUUCCCAUACCUGUGCAGAAGUGCAGAGGUCAAUCUUUAUGUACAGAUACAUUUGCUGCAAUUCCAUGGAACCAAAUACGCAGCCAUUGACCCAUCAAUGGUCAGUGCCGAGGAGCUUGAGGUGCAGAAAGGCAGCCUUGGCAUCAGCCAGGAGGAGCAGUAGUGUGUCUCUCGCUGUCAAUGAUGAGUUGACCCGGUGUGUUCUUGUAUAGUCAGUGGCAUCAGCGCCCGUCAGCCGGCCUUUUUCUUCAGGUUCGUCAGGCUCACCGGUUCUCACUGUGUCCGGGAAGUAGGACUGAUGGUCAUCUUCAUGACAGGCGGCAGCUCCACUAAGCCUGUGUAACUGUUCCCUCUUUGGUUUUCUUAGCUUUUGAAUUUGAAGAAGUACUUUUGAAGACUCCCAUUUUAAGAACCGUGCAAAUUUUGCUACCAAAAGUCUUCACCACUGUGUUCUUAAGUGAAUGUUAAUUUCUGAGGUUUGAGACUUUGUGGUGUUUUUUUUUCUUCUUUUCUUUUCUAUUCUUCUUUCUUUAUUUUUAUGUUGUUUGCUGUAAAUGCUGCACAUCCAGAUUGCAUAUCAGGACAUUGGUUAUUUUAUGCUUUCUUGGAUAUAACCAUGAUCAGAGUGCCAUGGCCACUACCCCACUGUUUGCUCUCCUGCAAAUCAACUGCUUUUAAUUUACACUUAAACAAGUUGUUUUGAGUGUUAGCUACUGCCUUUCUACAUAUUACGGUCAUUUGGAAUAAAAAUUCAAUUUCACUGA